UAAGAAACACGAGAACAAAACAAUGCAGAUGAUUUGAAGGCCACUGUCAAAGAACACCCCUUUCUGAACAGACAAGAAAGAAACAAGAACAGUUACUUCAUUAUGUUCCUGACACAUGAUGGAUCUGCGUGUCUCUGUGGUUCUUCUGUUCGUUUUUCUCACUGGAGGAUACUCUCUGAAGUGUUACACGUGUGUACCUGAUCUGACGGGCUCCUGUAAUGCAAUAGAGAAGACGUGUGGAAAUGGAAUGUACAAAUGUGAAAGCUUUACAGGAGAACAACCCAUUGGUUCCACUAAGGUGUCUGUCACAAUUAAACAGUGUUCAGCUACAUGUGAAGCUGGGACCCAACAGCUCGUAAUUGGAGGGACAGUAACUACCCGGUGCUGUAACACUGACCUCUGCAAUGCUGCAGAUGGCGUGUAUAAGGGGAGCUUCCUGCUGCUGUUGUCUCCUCUGCUCUUCUACUUCCUGUUUCAGUGAAUCCAGCUGCGCUUCAGAUUCUACAGCUGCAGCAGAAACCGAUUGAUACACAUAUUUCUAUUCUUCAAUAAAUAAA